ACUAUUGUAGACUUUGGACAUUGAGUUCAGUUUGACGUCUGCUCACGGGGCACAGCAAAACUACAGGUGCAGUUCUAUCUAUCAGUUAAGUCCUCACCUGUCCACACCUGGUUCUGCCUCAGUGAUUCGGUGUAUAUCAAUUAGCCAUAGGUGAACGGUUGAUUGGAGCUCGGCCUUCUUCAAGUCUCUAUACACUCUCCAUUGGGAUCCAGGGAUAUUUAGAUUGAUGAGGCUGUACUGAAAGAUCCGGAAUACACCUUUUACAUCUCACGAUCACAAAAAGGUCUGGUUGCCUGCGACAAUGAUCCUGUCAUCCCGUACACUGAGGAGGUGAUAUCUACAUGAAUAAACCGCUCGUUAACUUUUUCUGAUUAGUGCUUACAUUUCCAAACCGACCUCCGACCUCUUAUAUGUUGUAUCAUGUUACAAAACUUUCCUUAUAGGCAUAUGUGAAUGCGACAGGCAUCAGAAGCUUGACAGAUCCUGCUCGGGGAAAAAAAUACUCCUGCAAUUACAUGGUGUUAUAUCGUAAAUCCAGUCACAGUGUGAAUUUGAAAGUCUGGACGUGAGAAACUUAACAAUUUGUCAAAGGAUUUGGUAAUAUUUAUACUGUGUGACUUGAACUCUCAAGAAAGAUGACACGACACCCAAAAUUAUACUGGACAAUUCAUGAUGGGAAGUACAAUGGAACUUAUAAGGUGUUGAGAAGGCCCUACGACACCCAGUGGACUUGGGGGCCAUUGCAGAAAGCCCGCAGGAAAGCGCGGCAACCUGUCUCUAGGAUGGACUCGUCCGAUCAGCGUGGAGAAGUCAUUCUCCGAAACCUUGCUCACGAUCUUUUAUCAGAAUAUGAAUGUGAGGAAUUCAAGCAGAUUUUGCAUCAGUUUAAGCAGACACAGUCUGUAGCGACUCUUUGUCAUCAAGUCAAGCCGUUGAUCAACACAACGGAAAAACUACUUCUGCUUGUGGAGUUGAGUUCUCGUAUUCCUCGUAACCUUCAGGAAGAUUUUCAUAGGAUCUGUAGUAUUCAGUUUGCUAAUUACGAAACCUACUUGAGGAUUUAUUCCCACGGUAACUCGCUUGCUGACAAUCCGCGCGUUAUUGCGCAGGACUCUUCUGGCAAAUUCCAAAUAGUUUCAAACGGAAGUGAAAAAAAGUUCAUGGUGAAUUCUAAUAAUUAUAAGAAUUACACCGAUAUCAAUUCCCAGCAUGGCACCAGUGUAACAAGUGGGAUUUACAGCGAGCAUGAUGAUGAAUCGUUAAAACCAGUCGACGAUACAAGUGGCGAUGUGUUCCUGUGGGGAUCUGGAAACUACGGAAAUGUUGAAGCCAAAAAGACGAACAACAAUGUCAAGCCUUCCGUCAGCGGCACUGUGCGUAGAAUAUUUCUUGCGAGACGCGAGGACGGAAGUUUAGGACUCGGAAUACAGGGAGGAAAAGAGUAUGGAACUGAAAUCUCAGUCAAUGUCCUUGACCCUGAAGGACCUGCUGCUUCACAGGGUGUGGUGUUGGGAGACACGAUUCUAGAAGUGAAUGGUACUGACUUUCGCCAUCUGACACAUGCCGAGGCCGUCACUCUGAUUAGAAAUGCAUGGAACAUCAUUAUAUUGGUUCAGAGUGGUGGGCGACGACGUUCUCACCACAGUCAAAGAAGAGUUUCGGAACAUCUACAAGUUGUCGAUCUGGAGGUGUUAGUUUACCCCUCAGUUGAUGGAAGACUUGGCUGUGCUACAAACAGGAGGAACAAGAACAAAGUUUUGGUGGUGAGAUCAGUGGAUGCUAAUUCGCCGGCUUACAAGGCUGGAAUAGUGGCCGGUGAUUUAAUCACAAAGAUUGAUGGAGUUGACAUUCGGUCCUUAACGGAGCGACAGAUUACCUCCCUUACCCGGACCAAGCGCCUCAUGAUCUGCAUUCGUCGUGGUGUAAAGUCACCAGAGGUUGGCAGUCCUAAACCUGGAAAAAGAGAACGUCCCGACAGCAGCGACAGGAGAAGUGGUUCCACAUACGGACAAAGAUCUAACAAACAUGACAGACCAGAAACAGAUUUGGAGAGGUUCACCCGAGCGUUUGGAACUAUGGAUGUUGACAGUGAAGAAGUCGAUGGAGGCAAUAUGAAGAAAACAAAUCAAAAUAAUAAACGAAAUAGCACUAAGGAUGGAAAUUGGAUGCUGACACCUAAAGAGGAUCCUGCCCCAAAGUUCUUCCACCGUAAAGAGUUUAUCACAACCCCAAAUGUCCAGUCACGGCCCCGAGCAGAUAGCCAUGGUGCUGCACAAUUUGAAAGGCGCAGUAGAAGCCAUGGUCGUGACGCCAUCCAGGUGGUGUGGGGUGGUGGUGUGCGACGCUAUGUCAGAUCACGAUCCCAGUCCCCCCACCAUACUCAACGAUCCCGACGACGCUCGCGUAGUUCAUCUCGCCAUGAGCAAGACAUCAUGACUGCGAUUCAGAUGGGUGUGGAGAAACGUCAGCGUGCACUCCGUCUGUCACUGUACCAGACUCCCGAUAACAGUGACCUUGACUGGGAACUAUAACAUCGAGUGUCUUUAGUUUGCCAUAAGUACAUUGCCAGAGACCGUUUGAAAGGUGGAAUUCACAGUUUAUACUGUGCAAGAUAAAUCAAAAUUAUGACAAGUGUUCCAGGUUAAUUAAUGUUCAUUUUAUGUUCACAUGAAUCAGUAACAUUGUGCUACAAUAUUUAGAAACAAUUUAUUCACUUAGAAGAUUGAAAAGGCAGAAGCUUGCUGUCUGGGAUUUAUGAAAUGACCAGUAGGUCUGUAGUAUUUCCACCUAUCUGCCAUUGUGAGUGGACAGUCUACAUGACUGACCAGUGCCUCUUCAACCCAUUAUAGAACAUGACGAUUAUUUGCGCACUGUCCCUGGAUUGACCUUGGUUUGACCCAGAUCUAGAUUUAAAUAUAAAACUGAUCAUUUGAAAAAAAUUUGCAAGGUUUUUUUUUUGUUUUUUUUUUUAUUUAUUCAAGUUUACUCUGUCCCUCAAAUCUUUCACCUUUCGUUACAUACAGAGAAAACAGAGAAUGAGUUUUGUCAGUUUUGUUCAAGAAGUUUUGAAAGAAGAUUGAGAUAUGAUGGGCAUUUUGAAUUUAUGCUAUUCCAAUGUAUUUAUGUAUUCAAGUUUGAUUUUCAAUGGCGUCUGUAUUUAUACAUGUGUAUACAUUGUGAGGAGCUUGUAUUCGAUUUCAUAUUUCAUUAAAAAAAUUCAUUUACAUACAUGUACAUUUAUACCUAUAGUGUAUGUAAUCCUUAACGAGUAAAAUUUCAGUUUCAAUUGUUUAUCCUUAAUGUAAUCACCACAUUAGUUAUACUGCAAAUCAAAAUAAAUUAUAAUUUAGAUGUCUGCAGUUUUUCUAAAUAUUUCUUUUUUUAAAUAUUUAUUGUUGAGGUAAUGUAUUCAAAAUUAACUUGAAAUUCAGAUAUCUCUGGAAGUUAAAAAGUAAAUGCUUUGAAAUUUCACAGAAGUGUUAUAGUUUAGAAAUAAUUAAGAUAAACAUGUAAUUUAUUAAAAAAAACACCAAAAAAAAAACAACUUAAUUAAGGUAAAUUGUUACUGGGCUUUACAGUUUUUGUAUUUGUAAACAUGAUUUAAUCCUCACAUUGUACUAAUGAGUGGCCAUGAUACAAAUUGUUGGGUGAUAUCACUUGUAGUGAUUUUGAUUAUAUACAGAAUAUUUGUUUUUAGAAAGAGAAACAGUCUUACGUGAGUAAUAUCAUCUUUGAAUUUGAUUUAGUUUGUAGAUAUUUAUUGUUUGAUGUAUGGAGUUCAUUGGUUUCUAUAACGUUUGAAUCAGAUCAACUUUAUGGUUGCAAAAGUGUUUGAAUCAGAUCAUGGUCACUAUAAUGUUUGAAUCGAACAAUGAGUGGUGAUGAUUAAUAUAGUACAACUACCUUUUGUGUCGGUGUGUCUAUACUGUAUGUGUGUGAGGGUGUAUGUGUGUGUGUGUGUGUGUGAACAUUUGUAUAUGUAGUUUUUGAAAUGUACAUAGCUAUAAACUCCACGUUCACCUGGUCGGAGGAAGUAUAUUGAUGACCUCUAUAUAUGUAGUGCUUGGCAUUAAACAAUUGUACAUGUGAUAUUCAUAAAAUAUAUUAAUUUCAAUCAAAUAUGUUAAUUUUUGUACAAAGCACACCCACUGAUUGUCCCAUGAUGUCUUACGACAUAAAAUAGUGACAUCAACUAAGUGUCCCUGGGUUCUUCCUGAAAAAGUGGCACCCAUCGAGUGUCGCAUGGUGUCUUGUGACACCCAACAAAUGUCCCAUGAUGCCUUGUGACUAGUGUUGGCCAUCAAGUGUCCCUGAGUGGCUUGUGACAUAGUGACACCCACCAAAUGUUCCAUGAUGUCUUAAUUUGUGACAGUGACAUCCAUCAAGUGUCCCCGAGUGUCUUGUAAUGUAGUGACAUCUGUUUGUAAAACAAAUUUCAGUACAAUGAAAACAUCUUCUGGUCAUCUUCUCAGUUUACAUGUAAGAUUAGUUUUGAAUGCAGAUUUGUCACUCUGGAUCAACAUGGUACAGUGAUGAUCCUCUCUGGUGGUUGGAUCAACAUGGUACAUGUACAGUGAUGAUCAUCCUCUUUGGUUGUUGGAUCAACAAAUGCAUGUCCUUCAUUGUAUCAUCAGACUAUAGAUUGUGCCUUCAAGAUUGAAUUAAUAAUUCAGCAAACUAAAUUGAUCAAUAAAAAGGAAGCUCAAGAAAGCUAAUUAGAGAAGUCAGUGAUUUGAAAUAUUUGUCUUCCUAAUUGAAUCAGUGAAAGAAUAUAUAUCAAAGUAAAAUUUAAAAAAAAAACAAAAACAAAAAAAAUUAAUAAAAUAUUAAAAAAAAAAAAAAAAAAAAAAAGCACCGUGUUUAUUUAAUUUGCACUGUACCAAGUUAAGUUGCAAGACCUUGGAAAUGCUCCAGGUUAGUUCGAUAUUUAAAACCAUUUUUGAAACAUUUGGUAAAGUUGAGGAGGAAUUACACAAAAUGGGACAUUUAACAAUAUAAGUAUAUAUAUAUGUAUGCAGGUGUCUUAUGACCGGUGCCCAUCACAAUCACCACUGAUUUUCUGAAUUAAUCAAAAACCUUAAUUAAUUAAUUAAUCAAAAAGUGCAAUUAUUACGUACCCACGAGAUGACCAGGACCAGUCGGUGUGAAAUUGUUGGUUGUGCGCGUUGUGUGGUCAGUGGUACUCUGUACAUAAAUGUUAAUAUGUAGUUCCAUAUUAUUUUUUGUUACAUUUGUUUCUCUACAAAGAACGUGUUUAUUCUAUUUAAAUAAAGAGUCUAUUAUUAUGAUAAA